GUGGCCUGAGAACCCAGUGAGGGGAAUCACAAUCCACAACUAACCCAAACAUACUCUCAUGAGUACCACGAAAUCAUGAGGGGAAGAUCCACUGUCUGUUGCCAAUUUAUCUUUAGGCUGAACGCUGUGAGUUGUGAAAGAUAUCCGCCUGAAACACUGGAUCGAUUUGCCGGGAGAAGCUUGCACGCUGCCGGAUGUCGUCAUGCAAUUCAUGAUCUACGUUUUAUAUACACCCCCCCGGCGAUCAUUUCCUGGUACUUGAUCAUUACCCUAUUGGGCUACGCGUGAAGUGAGGUACAUGAGAUAUGGGCGGU